UGCCAAGCGUCUCUGGAUGCACAUUCAGCCUUAGUCUAACUGAGGCCUCCCUGUGAUCAAGCCCAUGAGGACCCUGGGCUUUUCUGUGGCUGGAAGGGAAGGAUGGGGCUGUUCCGUGCUGGAAGACAAACCAGGAGCCAGAGGUGACCACAGUGCUGGGAGCAGUGACCUCCUUGUUCAGGGCACAACCCCACGGCACCAGAGCAGGAUAGCCUUGGUGGGAACAGCUGCUUCCCGUGAUGUCCAGUGGCUGUCAGAGGAGGUUCCUGCUGUCUGGGAAAUCCAGCUGGGAGGUUGGAGCAGCAGGAGACAGGAGUGCCCACAGUGCAGUCCAGGGCCUGUCCAGGCACAGGUGCUGAGAGGCUGCUCUGAGGCACCCCAAGAGGUUCCCUUCUCCAGGAAGUGAGCUUCUGCCUCUGUGCACAGGAUGUGCCUUGGUGUCUCCCUGCUGUCCUUGCUUUGUGUCGCCAAUGCCUGAUGGACUCCUCUGACAAAGCAGGACGAGGGAGGAUGAGCACAGAGGUGAGGAAAGCAUUGUCCUGCAUCCUGCUGGCAGUGGGGUGGUCCCACACUGGAUGGGGUUUGUGACAGAGAAGGAUCCACGCAGGGAUUUUUGCAGCUUGUGGUGAUGAGGAGGUGCUGAGUAGAUCCAUAAUGGUGUGGCUGGUGCCGAGGCUUGUGAGGUGCUCACAGCAGUGCCAGGGUGUCACCAAGUCGGCGCUCUUGAGACAAAUCUGGGAUCUGUGGGAUGCUGCUGAGUGAUCUGGGCACCUCCAAAGCUCCUCCACUUCCUUUGCUGAGCUGGGAAUGAGCAGCUCUGUCUGUAUGGAGGUGGAUAAAGGACACGGGGUGGGUGACUUGGGGUUUGCAGUCACUGCUCCCUGGGGAGGGAGGCUGUGGUGAGGAGCUGCUGAGGUUUGCUGGCACUUUGGUAACUCCCAUGCCAAGGGAAGCACUCAAAUUCACCCAAGGACACACCAAGCCAGGUUAAGAGCAUCAUUCUGCCCUCAGAAAAGAUUUUAUUUCACCUUGAGCAGCAGCAGGAUAGGGCCAUGACGCACUCCAGCACAUGGAGCUGGAGCCGGCCAAGAGCCUGCACUGAGUGGAAUUUAUGCUCAUUUUUUGGCCUGAUAGGAAGCAAGAAAAACCUGAUGCUAUUAAAGCCUGAGAAGGUGAGUGAGGAUCCUUUUGAUUAGCUCCACGCUCUUGGAUCUCUCCCUAUGCUUCCCAGCAGCUCUUCUCCACCUGGGAUGAAAUUGGAGGGACAUGGAACAAUUGUGGCCUUCUCAGAGCAGGGGUUGGGAGUGCUGGUUUCAAUCCAAGCCUGAUCAGCUGUGUUUUGGAUGUGGGCACAGUGACUUGCAAGCUGUGAAGGCUGCAGGUCUCACUGGGCUGGGAGAGAAUCCAGAUGUGAUUUGGACACUAGAUGGAGACAAGAGGGUUGAGGAUUGACAGAGGAGCAGGAACGCUGUUCCCCAGCAGCAGCUGGGAGAUCCAGCGAGGCAAGUCGUCAGCAAAUGGGGGAACUGCCCUGGAAUCUAAGCAGAGAGCUCAACCAGUGCAAUCUUGGAGAGCUGGAGUCCUUGAAAGAUGAAGCCUCUUAAAAUAAGGAGAGAUUUUAUCUGAAAAUCAAGUUGGCAGUGGCCUGUGUGGCCAGGAUUGGCCAUUGCUCACGGUCCAAGGAAUCAGUGGGGGAAACUAGAGCCCAUCUCAUCAGCCGCACUUCCUGUCCCACACUGGCCCCCGUUGUCACCAAGGGCUUCCAGGAGGUCAGAACUGACACUUCCUUGCUAUUUACACAUGAGGACAAUGUUGGUUAAGUAUAAAUGAGUUAUUUGCAUUUUGUUCCAUGAUUGUCACUCACAUUGGUGCUUUACUGUUGCCCUGUCAUUCUGCCAGAGCUGUGCAGCCCAAGCAUGAGAGCAAAACGUGCUCUGUUACUGCUGGAACUAGUGCUCACAUGGAAAAAACCCACAUUAAAUCUGAAUAAAAUGAGGUGGGGGAAAUGUUCAGUUGUUUCCUCCCUCCAGAUCCAGCCUGUCUGGUGUCACUGGUGCUCAGCUCAGGCCAGGGUUGUUGAUACAGAGGCCUCAGUCAAGCUGGGGAUCCUCCCUGCUGCUGCUGCUCUCAUUUUUCUGCCUGCUCAGCACUGACAUAAAUCUCACUCUCCACCUUUGACUCCACCCUGAUCCUUGCCUUGUUGCUUACCCGGGGGUUGAAGUUGUGUUGCUGCAGGGCUGCUUUCCACUGAAAUCAGCAGAGCAUUGGGACGGAGCAGGUACACUCCAAAACCCAUAGCUGGCAGGAGCCAGGUGAUAACUUGACGGACAGAGGCAGCAGCCUGCCCUUAACAGGCCUCAUCUCCUGCAGGACCUUUUUGAGGGCCAGUGCUCCUGGAUACCCCUCACAGCACCUAUUGCCCUGGGCUGCACUCAGGGCCCGACUCUUUCCUCGGCCAGCGGGGCCUGCGAACAGGGACGUGUCCAUUGGGAGCGGGGACGGGCGGGUGUCCCAGCCCGGGAGCGGGUCGGGGUCCCGGGUCGGGGUCCCGGGCCUGGUCCCCUCAGGGCCCGGAGCCGCUCCCGCCCGCGUUCCGCCGUUACCCGGUGACCGCUCCUCUCCUCCCUGACCCGGGGGCGGGGCCUCGGCGCAGCCAAUGACAACUCGCGCUUCUUCUUUCCCCUCCCCAGAGCCCACCCCCGCCAGCUCGGGCCAAUCAGCACCCCUGUCUGCCUUGAGUGACAGCGCUCCUAUCCAAUGGCGAGGCGAAGUGCGUGAGAGAAAUCCGUGACCUUGUGGCAUCGCGCAGUUUAAAAAAAAGAAAGCAAGCCCUCCGGGAAGUUGAUGCGUGCGGGCUCCAGGCGGCCUCCGGCGCUCCCGCGUUCGCUGCCCCGGCUGCGGUGCGGGCACGGCGGGGGACAGAGCCAUGUGUGAGCGGCACACGUGAGCCAUGCCGGCCCCGGCUGCGCCCCGGCCGCUGCUCCCGGAGAGUUGGCCGAGGAGCGCUCCGUGCUGCGGCCCCGCUGCCCUGCGAGCCGUGCCCCGGCCGGGAUAGGCGGGCCCGGCCUGGCCUUGUGAGCCGGCCCUUGGCACAAAUCCAUCGAGUCCCGUGUCCUGCGCCGCUUUGGGAAGCGAGCGGCUCGGUGCUGUCCGGAGAUGGGUGCGCGCCCUGCUGUGUCCCGGUGUCCAGCACACAGCCCCGGGGGAGGACUGUCCCGGCAGAGCUUCUGACACAAGCGCUUCCCCAGUGGAACUGCAAAAAGCCUUCUUGAAAGCUCCGUGAGCAGAAGGGACGGCAUGGCGGUGAGCAUGGACGAUGAUGUUCCCCUGAUCCUCACCCUGGACGACAGCGGGAGCAGCGCCUCAGCCCCUCUGGAUGAGCUGGACCGGGAGGAGCUGCCGAACGAAAAUGGAGGCAGCUACGACGUUGUCAACGAUGCCUCCAGCCCCGCGGCCAGGGAGUGCUGCGCCCAGCAGAGCUCUGCCCGGCACAACUGGGAGAUGAACUACCAAGAGGCAGCCAUCUACCUCCAGGAAGGAGAAAAUAAUGACAAGUUCUUCACUCACCCCAAAAAUGCCAAAGCACUCGCUGCCUACCUCUUUGCACACAACCACCUUUUCUACCUGAUGGAGCUGAGCACAGCCCUGCUGCUCCUGCUGCUGUCCCUCUGCGAGGCUCCAGCGGUCCCCAUGCUCCGUCUGGGCAUCUUUGUCCACGCAACCCUGGAGCUGUUCGCGUUAAUCGUGGUCGUCUUUGAACUCUCAAUGAAGAUGAGGUGGCUGGGCUUCCAAACCUUUAUCAGGCACAAAAGGACUAUGGUCAAGACAUGUGUGCUGUUGGUGCAGUUCAUCGAGGCCAUCGUGGUGCUGGUGCGCCAGACCUCGCAUGUGCGCAUCACCCGCGCCCUGCGCUGCAUCUUCCUCGUGGACUGUCGCUACUGUGGGGCCGUCAGAAGAAAUCUGCGACAGAUCUUCCAGUCCCUCCCACCAUUUAUUGACAUCCUUCUCCUCCUGCUUUUUUUCAUGGUGAUAUUUGCUAUUCUGGGUUUUUACUUGUUUUCUCCUAACCACUCGGAUCCGUACUUCAAUACCUUAGAGAACAGCCUGGUGAAUCUCUUUGUGCUUUUGACCACUUCAAAUUUCCCUGAUGUGAUGAUGCCGUCCUACGCCCGGAACCCCUGGUCCUGCGUCUUCUUCAUCGUGUACCUCUCCAUUGAGCUCUACUUCAUCAUGAACUUGCUUCUGGCUGUUGUGUUUGACACUUUCAAUGACAUUGAGAAGAGGAAGUUCAAGUCCCUGCUGCUGCACAAGCGCACGGCCAUCCAGCACGCGUACCGGCUGCUGGUCACCAAGCAGAGGCCGUCUGGAAUUUCCUUCAAGCACUUCGAAGGGCUGCUGCGGUUCUACAAGCCUCGGAUGUGUGCCAGGGAGAGAUAUCUCACCUUCAAAGCACUGAAUCAGAGCAAUACCCCUUUAGUCAGUCUAAAGGAUUUUUACAAUUUCUAUGAAGUUGUUGGCUUAAAAUGGAAGGCGAAACGGAACCGCGAGCACUGGUUUGAUGACCUUCCACGGACUGCCUUCCUUAUUUUUAAAGGCAUCAACAUCCUGGUGAAGUCCCGUGUGUUCCAGUACACUAUGUACACUGUGGUGGCUGUCAAUGGAAUUUGGAUUCUUGUUGAAACCUUCAUGUUGCAAGGAGGGAAUUUCUUCUCCAGGAAUGUCCCGUGGAGCUACAUAGUCUUCCUCACAAUCUAUGGCGUGGAGCUGCUCCUGAAGACCACUGGGCUGGGGCCUGUGGAGUACCUGUCCUCAGGCUGGAAUCUCUUUGACUUCUCAGUCACCCUGUUUGCAUUUUUGGGGCUCAUGGCACUGGCCUUUGACAUGGAGCCCUUUUACUUCAUCGUGGUCCUGCGACCCCUCCAGCUGCUGAGGCUGUUUAAACUGAAGAAACGCUACAGGAACGUCCUGGACACCAUGUUUGAGUUGUUCCCUCGCAUGGCCAGCCUGGGUUUAACCCUGCUGAUCUUCUACUACUGCUUUGCCAUCGUUGGCAUGGAGUUCUUUGCUGGCGUGGUCUACCCGAACUGCUGCAACACAAGCACAGUCGCAGACUCCUACCGCUGGGUGAACCACACAGUUGGCAACAAAACAGUUGUGGAAGAAGGUUAUUACUAUCUCAACAACUUUGACAACAUUCUGAACAGCUUUGUGACACUGUUUGAGCUGACGGUGGUCAAUGACUGGUACAUCAUCAUGGAAGGGGUGACAUCCCAAACCACUCACUGGAGCCGUCUGUACUUCAUGAUCUUCUACAUUGUGACCAUGGUGGUGAUGACAAUCAUCGUGGCUUUCAUCCUGGACGCUUUUGUCUUCCGCAUGAACUACACUCGGAAGAACCAGGAUUCAGAAGAAGAUAAUGGCAUUGUGCUGGAGAAGGAGAUCUCCAAGGAGGAGGUGAUUGGCAUAAUUGAGCUGUACAAGAGGACUUCAGCUGCCACUGAAACAGCUCAGCUGCAGAAGAUCGUGUUGCAGAUGGACAAAUAUGGGCAAAUGUCAAUGGUGUUUCUGGGACGCAGGUCGAGGACCAAGAGUGAUCUGAGUAUGAAGAUGUAUGAGGAGGAGAUACAGGAGUGGUACGAGGAGCACUCCAGGAAAGAGGAAUCUCAAACACCACUGCAAGAGCCUGCAUCUGCUUCCAGCAGCUCUCUGAAGCCCCUGAGCCUCCGACAACGCUCCCAGACUGUCAUUUAGGCCUAGCUAACGCGAGCCACCUUCUAUGCAAUAACCUAGAGUAUUCCUCCCUAGGCUGUAUUUUGGGAGGGUGUAUAUAGAUCUGUCAGUGUACCAGUGUAGGGAUCAAAUCUCGCCCCCAGCAGUGGUUGCUGAGAAGCCAGAGGCCUGGGGGGCUCUGGGGAAGGCUGCUGCACACAGAUGGAGCGUGAUGCCAUGCUCAGCACAUCUGGGCAGAACAGAGCCCUUGUCCCUGUGAGCCCUUUCCCAGGCUCCAGCUCCUGCUGCUUGUCUUACCACUAACAGACCUUGGGGAAAGGGAUGUGUAAUCCAUUAACAGCAGGGAGUUCGCUGAAGUCACCUGCUUAACAGUAAAACUUCGGCCCUUUUGGAAGACCCCUGCUGCUCAAAGGGUACCAUUAACCUAGGGACAAAAGAUCAGGGAGUGAGUUUUUGUUUCUUCUCCACCUUCCUUACGCAAAGAAAGGGGAGGUGGUGUGAGAUCUCAGCACUUUGGAAGGGCAGCCUGCCCUCCCCCUCCUUUUUGGCACACCUAGAUGUACUCCCCGUAGUAGCUGCAGCUCUGAUUAGUGAAUUUUGCUGUCCCGGAGCAGUUCUGAGGCAGAACUGAGGGCCAGCACCUCAUGUUAUGACCACAGGUGGGACAGGGCUUUGGAGACUCUCUCUGCUGUAUCUGCAUCGCUGCUGGUCAGCCCUGCCCGUGGCACUGCCUGGGCUUGGGGUCACCUCUGCAAACCCCAGAGCUCCUGGCUGUGUUCAGGGAGGGGGAUUCUGCAGGGUGACGUGGCUGUUGGGCUCUGCCACCUGCCCUGUAAAACCUCCCUGGCUGGUCCUUAGCUUGGAUAAAUGGCUGGGAAUAGUGGAAGGUUUUGCAGCUCCAAGUUUGGCUUUUUUUCUGGCUGGCUCUGGGUUAAGGAGAGCUCCUGGGCAUUGCACAGUCCUGCUGGUCAGUCCUCAGUCCAGCUGAGCGAGUCCCAGCUCAGAGUGGGGCUCCUCCCUUGCAGGGAUGUUUCUCAGUCAGAUCUUGGGAAGAUCCACUGAAGAGCUCUGCUCUUCCCCUGGAUUUUGGAUGCAGGAGAAGUGUGGAAGACAAGGAUUCUUCUCACCUGUCUGCUUUUCUGCACCUGAGAGCUGAGGGAUGAGGAGGAAGGGAGGUAAAAGGGAUCCCUUCCCAGCUGUGCCAUGUUUGUGGGAUUGUGGCACUCGUGUCAUCAAUCAUUAACAUUUGUCUCUCCAGGUCCCUCUUUUCCCUGUCAGCACUGGAAGGUCUGAGGGCUGGAAGUCCCUGGCAGCUGGCAGGUUCCCUCACCUCUUGCUGUUUGAUCUUCCCUCGGGUUCAGACUAAGAGUGGAGCUUCCUGGGAAGGCUUCCUCCCUCCUCCAGGUGCACCAGGCAGUGGGAGAUGUGUCCCCAUUCCCUUUGUCCCUCAUGCCUGUCUUCUCCUUGGUGGCCUCACCUCAUGGCACAAGGACAGCAGGAGAGGGCUGAUCCUACCUGGGCAGCUCAGGAGCAUUUCCUGGGUGGGUGAGACUUUCAGAGGGAGGCAAGACAGAGCUGCUUCUGGAAAUCUCUCUCUCCAUGGCACGGUGGGAGCACUUGGAAGCUUUCCAGGCAGCACACACGCACCAGUGGCUGCUCCCAACCUUUGCCAAAUUCCCUGGGUUCCUCAUGGGUAACUCGUUGUUUCCUUUCUGGAUACUUACAGGUAUGAAACUACUUCUGAGCUGACCCGUGAAGGACUUUAAAGGGCUGUUUUCCAAACCAUAAAUUCACCCACAGGUUAACAAGCAGUGCAGUUGUUGCUCUUGCAGUUGCUCUGCGUGGAGUCGCAGCCCGGGAGGUUGAUCCAGAUUAGUCCUGGGGCUGCAGGAGAUGGUGUUUAUUGUGCUUUAAGUUGUGGGCAGGAAGAAUGAGCAUUAUGAAGGUCAGUGGGGGGAAAAAAAUGUGGCUGUGUUUAAUCUCCACAUUCCCCUACAGCCAUCUUCUGCUGGCAGAGCUGUCAGUGACAUUUUCAUUUUUGUUUUGGGUGUUUUCUGGGUGUGAAAGGAGCUGUGGCUUUAAGCUGUGGUGAGGAGGGCACUGGCUGCUGAUCACGCAAUAAAGGGCUCCCUGGAGGGCUGGGGGUCAGGGUGCUGCCUCCAAGGUGUUGAUCCUCCCCCACAUACCCACUCUGUUCAUUAUUUUUGUAAAACCAAGGAGGGUGGCAGGAGUUAGCUUCUUCCAUAUGACUUUGGAAGGAAACUAAAGUUUGAGUACGGGGCAUCCCCUUCUAUUUAUCCUCCUCUCCCUCCCCCGACACACAGACUGACGAUGGAGACAAUCAUUUUGUAGGGAGCACGGGAGGAAGCACUGCAGGAUUUUGUAUGCUGGUGUUUUGUUUAUAAAAAAAACCCCAAUUUUAUGGAUGUGUCUGUCAGAUGUUCUCUAGAUUUUUUUCAGGCGCACUAAUAAAGAGCAUCCUCGGCUUCGUAAAGGCA